UCUCGCGCGAGUCGGAUGACGGGUCACGUAUGUCGAGCUCGCUCCCGUUCUUCGUCGUCGACGUCCUAGCUCCGAACCAGCCAGGUCCGGAAUCACCAGGGAGCGCCAGAACACGCGAGAGGGACACGUUGUUGUUCGCCGAGUUGUGUUUCUACGCGCGCUACGUUACGCUUUUUGCCCGCUCACCCUCUCGAUCUUUUUGCCCUCUCCGUCCGUCUCGGUGGGAAAACCGAAAUCGGUCGCCGACGCCGCGAGUGCGCGCAACAUCCUCUCGAGUCACGGCUCGAUCCACGGAAACACGCGCGAGUGUGUAAACGUUCCGCGACGCGGAUGCCGUGAUGCUGCACGGCGGUGGCGGAAGAAGAUCGUCGGGGCCGCUCGACACCGUCUCGAUCGCUUCCUCCUGACAGUAUGAGCGUCGUGCAUCGUCCUCGUCGCCGAUGAGAUAGAGUGGCGUCACUCACCCGCUUACUCCUGGGACGAUGUCGAUGUUGAAGUGAUUUACGCACGGAUAAACACACACACGCACACAUACACACAUACACACAUACACACGCACAUAAAAACACGAACACACACGCAGACACACGUACACGAUACGACACUAAACGGCACAGCAGCGAAGAGGUGUUGCGGGGAAAAUCGGGAUCGCGGACUGAAGUGGCACCGAAGUGAGACGCGAACGAACAUCAAGUGUGUCCGCGACGCGUCUAUCCAGUGUGUGAUACGUACGUACGUAGGCACGUACGUACAAGCGGUGCACAGUGAACCCGUGGUUCAACUCUGGUAACACGUGUGACAGUUCCCGUGCGGGAUAGGAUACGUAUAUAUCCCACCCGGGGUGUCGGGAGGUUGGCUAGCGAAGACGGUGGUGGUUUCCUGAACGGUGGCUGUAUCGUGUCCGUCUGCCUGUCGUGUGGGAUUAUAUUAUCUCUGGUGAUCUGGGUUAAGUCGGUGUCCGUUCGCAAACGCCGAUCGUGUCACGUUGAGCAAUGUUGAUGUAGUGCGUGGCAACGUUGAUUUCCAGUGACAAUGGUCGGAUUCCACGCGGCGGCGAGCACCAUGGAUUUCUCGGUUCCCGACGCUGCACCGACGCGACGCGCCACGACCACGGAUAACGCGGAUCUUGCGAGCAACGGAUCGAGACGACGCACGACUGACAGCAGGGACGCAGAUAGCGGCAGGGGCGAGUACCGGCGGGGGAAAAAGGUGAGGAGCGGCGAGGCUGGCGAGAAAAUUGGAGAAGCGAGGCUAACGAAGAUCGGCUUGAAGCUGCUUCCGUGUUACCGGGACAGAACGAGGGCAACAGGCGUGGCAAGAUCAACGCCGUCUGUAAUCUGGCUGUCGUUGCUACUGACACUGGGAACGAGGGCAACGUCGUCGGCGACGACGAACAUGACGAACGUGUCGCCGCUGGCCUCGACGGUGAAGCCGAUCACGACCACGGAAGUAGUUUAUCAGCGGUUCGCGAUCGAGCCGAUGGAUCAGACGGCGGUGAUUGGCAGCCGAGUGACGCUUCCUUGCCGGGUCCUCGAUCAGAAGGGCCCGAUUCAAUGGACAAAGGACGACUUCGGCCUUGGCGCCGUCAGGAACCUCACGGGAUACGAGCGUUACGCCAUGAUCGGCAGCGACGAAGAGGGCGAUUUCUCGUUACAUAUUUACCCGGUGGAGCUGGAGGACGACGGCACGUACCAGUGCCAGGCCUCGCCGACGAACGACGGCCAGCCGGCAUUACGCUCGAGAUUCGCCAAGCUGAGCGUGCUGGUUCCGCCUCAGAAACCAAAGAUCCUUCAGGGCGACUUCCUUAUCACGACCGAGGACCGGGAAUUGGUGAUCGAGUGCGUCAGCGUGGCUGGCAAACCGCCUGCGGAGAUCACGUGGAUCGACGGGCUGGGGAACGUGCUGCACAGGGGCAUCAAGACGACGAAAGAACUGUUCGACGACGGUCCGUUGUACACGGUGAAGUCCAUCCUGAGGGUGAUGCCGCGGAAGGACCACGACAACACGACGUUUACGUGCCAAAGUCAGAACGCGGCCGACCGCACGCCGCAGAAUGCGAAACUGCGCGUCGAGGUACGCUACGCGCCGAAAGUGUCUCUGAGAAUCCGGUCGGGCCUGGGCAAGAACGGCCGCAUCGUCGAGGGCAGCGAGCUCCGCUUCAAAUGUCGCGCCGAGGCAAAUCCACCGAACGUCGAGUACAGGUGGUUCAUCAACGAGAAGAAGGUGAUCGGCGAUUACACCACGGAGAUGAUCAUCCACAACGCGACUCGCGAUCUUCACGACGCGAUCGUGAAAUGCGAGGUUCAUAACGACGUUGGGAAAAGCGAGGAUACCGAGACCCUGGACAUCACGUACGGGCCGCAGUUCCGGCACCAGCCAGUCUCCGUGGAGACGCAGUACGGCGCGACGGAGAUCUUGCAGUGCGACGUCGACGGAAACCCAACGCCGGAGAUCCGCUGGUACCACGAGGACUCGGAGCGACAGGUCGCCAGCACGCCGAAUAUCAGCGUGGUGGUGAACCACGAGACAGCCGGACGGUACUUUUGCAAGGCACACGUACCCGGUUUUCCGGAGCUGACGGGCUACGCGAAUGUCUACAUCCGGGCGCCGCCGAGCAUCGUGUCGCAGAGAGUGCAAUACGUACCCGACGAGGGCGUUGUCAAGGUGAAGUGUACCGCGAUAUCUGUGCCAAAAGCGGACUCGGUGGUAUGGAGCUUCGCUGGUCGCGAGCUCAAUUUCUCGUCGAACAAUACGCCGUUCUACGUGCAGGAGGAAUACACCGCCGAGAGAGUCGUCAGCACUGUCACGCUGCUCGAUCCCAUAUCCACGUACUUCGGGGAUUACAACUGCACGAUCACGAAUAGCUUCGGCACGGAUUCCGUCAUAAUCAAGCUGACGGCACACACGUUGAUUCCAGUCGAUUGGCAACUGAUCCUCAUCAUCGGUGGAUUGGUCGUCUGCGUGAUCCUGAUUGGCGUGAUCAUUAUACUCAUUCUACAGUGCCGCGACCGCAUCAAACAGCCACGGCCGAGGACCGCCCAGACCCAGGAGACUGAUAUGCAGGAGACAGAUUCAAACGCGGACAGAUAUCGAGAGAGCGACAGGAGUAGCAACCUGUCGGACGUCAAAGCGGAUAUACGGGCGGGAUCGAGUGUCAGCAACGCAGAGAGCGUGACAGCGCUCGACAGCGAAGGCGAAGGAAGCACGAGAGGUGUGAACGCUUUGGCGCUGGCUGGCCCUGUACCCAAUCCCCUGGGUUAUCGUUACAGCGCCGAUUACACGGAACCUUCAUUCCCGCCGAAGAACAACGACGGCAGUAACAACAAUGGUUACGUGCCGUACGUAGACUACACCCGCGACUAUAUGCCGCCCACGACGCAGGGGGUUGGUGCGUCACGGGAAUCCUUAAGCAGGAUACCGUCUGGCGGUAUACUAGCUUCAAAGAAGAUCGGUCUGAGUUCUGCGAAUUUGGGCACCUCGACUCCGCAAACCACCCCCGCGAUCGACCCACGCUUCUCAGCAACGUACGGCAACCCCUACCUCAGAAUGUCAGCGGCGGAGCAACUGAGACACGCGCCACACACGGCUGUGCCGGGAGUAACGCCAGCACCACCGCCCUACACGCAAGCAAUGAGAAUGAAUAGCUUGAAUACCUUGAACGGUGCUGGACCGCAGGCACCACUUUCGGCGCACUACAUCACGGGCGGGCCAAACGGCGGUGUAGCGACGGUGAAGCGCACUUCGGCGGUAGGGACGUUAGCGACGCACGUAUGAGGCCAGGGGGUCUAUCCGAACUAGAACCAUCGACGUUCGGGUCUAACUGGUGCCGCCUUCGAGAACCGUCGAGCCAUCGAAUGGACUCGCCGCUCGAGCACGCUCAGGUCGCGUGAACAGUUUCUCGCCGAGAGUUUGGGGAAUAGGGAGUACCAUCCUUGCCACGGUCGCGUCGAAUCGGAGGAUCGUGACAUCGUUCGAGGAGCUUUCGCGGUAGCGCGAGCGCCGGAAGUCGAACGAUUGCUCGGUGACGGACGGGGGUCGAGGAGGGACGAGGCGAAGAAGUUCCGGGUGAAGGGACGUGCGCAACGAAUGGCCGAGAACGGCGAAGCGUUGAGGUACAUCGAGAUGGUGUUGCGGCAACUGCGAAGGGCCAGCCGCGACCAUCGGCAACUCGUGGAGCAGCGUCAUCGGCUCGUGAGGCCGUUUUUCCCGGCGUCUUCUUCGACGAUCGACGAGUACCAUCCGAGCGGGCCGGCGGCCGUUCAAAGUUUCACGAUUCCACGCGGGAAGAGCGGGGUGGAGCGGAUCGUUCGUGACAUCUCUCGGGACACGGUCGACCGGCUGCAAGUGGAAGUUGAGACGAGCGAGGAAUCGCAAGAGCUUGCCGAGUAUCCCGGCGUGGACGUUACGAAGAAACUGUCGGCGAAGAGGAAGACGUACGCGAGAGGCAUUUACCUGCUGGAAACGAUGCCCAGGAGGAUUCACGAGAGGAUGAGCGUGGCAGGCCGACAGGGUCUACGAUACGUUCCUGCUUACGAAGGAAUUGACACUACGAUUAUUCAAUGAAUAUGCUACGAGGCUACUGGCAGAAUACAACGCGGGGUAAACGCCGAACGCUCGAGAAUUGCUGGAGAACACACAGGGAGUUUGAAAACAAGAAAAAACAUGCUCGACCGAUAUGGAAAGAUCGAACCGGUGAAGUAGAUUUGUAAGGUUUGCUGGUCGAUCUCGUGGAAAGAAGUGGAUGUAAGGAUCGAAUUGAUGGCGAACAACAACGGUAACGACCGGUCGAGCCUGUCACGUAUCGGAUUGAUCAGCCUUGACUCAGCGUGUUGUUCCAUUUAAGAAGACUGAACGGAGGAGUAAAAAAAGAUUUCUUCGUCGACUCGGGAACACGGUGGUAUCUUUCUCAAUUCAACUUUGCACAUCGAAGAGAUUGGACUGAAAGGAAGGGCGUUGCCGUGAAUGUCAAAGCAAUACGUUCGACGUGAUUCGAUGGAAAUCCACUACAAAAGAAAAGGAAAAAAAAAAAUAGAAGAAGAAAAAAAAGAAAGAGGAGAGAGAGAGAGAGGAAACGAUGAAAGUGGUGAUAAUUCGAGGAUUAACGCGAGGAACGAAGGACGGUGGUUAGGUUCGUAAGUCGAAGGAGCUCUUCGGAACGAGAACAGACCACUCGGUAUCGACAAUCUUUUAUUCGCAUACUUAUAGAUCUCGAUAAGCAUUUAAUGUUCAUUCGAAACGUAACGAAAAAAAAAAAAGGAAAAAAAAGCAGAAGAAGAAGAAAUGAGAAUCGAAUCUCAUCGCGAAUCGUUGUGGCCGUAGUAGCAGUCUCCUAAACGAGGAAAAGCGCCACGAAGUGAACAGGAGAAUAACGAACAUCGAAUUAAAAAUCGUGCUUCGUACGAAUACGCGUUUUUUGAACAUGUGAUACGUAGACGGAUGUCCAACGUCAGAGUGAACGACGUGUCGAACACGACGUGAGAUCGUUAGAUCGCGUCGGCAACAGACGGACGGGGCAAAACGUCUCGACUGCUACUUCGACGUCACGCUGUGUCGCGCUGCCUUUUUUCAUUUGUAGGAAAAGAAAUAUGUAUUAGGUUUCGCGCAGUAUUCGCAAGUUGAGCGCGCUAAACGAAAGAAAACUACACUCUGGGACGGAUCGUGCUGCUUGUCUGACAAGAUCGAUCGCGAUCUCGUGUCUCCUUCCGGCCUGAGGAUUUUCAAUCGCGAGAAGAACGCGUGUUUUGAAAGCGAUCCACGCGUUUCAUGGGCCGACCUUUGUAAAAUAGAUAGCUAAAAUGAUUAGAUAUAUAUAUAUAUAUAUAUAUACAUAUAUAGAUAUAUCACCUGUUGUCAAUACGAACAUAGGGCCUAUAGUUUGGUGGCGCUACGAAAAAAACAAAACUCUAUCGAAAUAAGCUCGUUCUUACGAAUGGGAACAGCUUCGUGUAAAUAAUAUUAUAACGAUAUUAACUGAUAGACGAUCGAGCGAAGGAAGCAACGUUAAAUAUAAUUGGUCGCGCGUCUCCUUUCGAGGGAAGAAAAUAAAGCGUGACUUAAAAGAAGCAAAAGAAGAAGCAGAAGAAGAAGAAGAAGAAGAAGAAGAGAAACAGGUCGAGAAUUUUUCGUUCAAUUACGCUCGUUAUUAAGUUAUCCUCGUUUUCCUUGAAAGUGUUUCGUUUGCAGUGUCUGUAGUUCAUCGCACGAGGAGUUGUCAAGUCUUUCUCGGCGAUGAUCUACAGUCUCGAGUUAAAGUUAAAGGGUCCUCCAAGCUGAAAGAAAAAUCACGACGGAAAGGCAAAAGAAACAGAUGCAUCGCUGACUGACGUCGCGAUGACGUAGAGCGAGAGCAAUUGAUUAUGAUAACGAAACAGGGUAGCCUAUCAAUUAUUAAAACGAUUUCGACAGAAAAAGGCUGCAUAUUGUGGACUGUCCGCAUACUCGGUGAUCAACGGAAUUAAAAAAAAAAAAAAAAAAGAAAUAAAAGAAGAAGACGUGUAGAACUCGGGAAAACGUGUCGGUGACUGACGGAUACGAAUGAACGAUGACGAUGAUCGUCGCGCAUUCAGAGCUAGAAGAACGAAUAUACAUUUGUAUCGUCGAGAAGAUAUCUUUAUAUUGAGACGUCUGUAACAUAAUUUCUGUACAUAACUGGAAUUAUUGCUCACCGUAUCUCGUAAGAUUUAGUUAGUUUUGUAACUGUGAAAAAAGAAAAGAGAAUGAAAAUAUGAAAUACUAUGUGCAUAUCUGAUACUGCGCGGACAGCUUCGCGACGGACAGUUCCCCUCGAAAGUUCUCGACCCUGUCGUCGUGCAUCGGAAAAAAAAAAAAACAAAGAGAAAAAAGAAAAAGAGAUCAGUAUUCGUAAAAUGUAAAGAAACACUUCCUUCCUAUCGAGAUCUUGUUCUCACAUUCCACGAUCGACCGCGAUCGUGUCGCAGUCCGUCGUCAAGAAACGAUCAGUUCCUCUGUUCACGCUCGAAUCGUUUCGUCGAGGAGAACGCGGUCAAGCCGAUACGAGAUUAUACAGUGUAGUAUUAUCGUACUCGUAAGUAUCUUUCCUCUCGUCGUUCGACCGCCGCGUUCUUCUUGACGCGGCAUCGACCAACCUUCGUCGACGGAGUCUCCCAUUUCCGAGGGAGAGAGGAGGAGGGGAGAGGGGGAGGUUAUGGAACUGUCCACCGGAAGUCCAGCUUAUUGUACAUCAAUCAUUCUGUACAAUGUUCAUCCUGAUGUUACUGUUAACUAUUUAAAAGAAUGAAAGCGUACGCGAGUGAGUGUGAACGAGCAUGGAAGCAAAAGAAAGGAAAAAAAAAAGAAUAAAAUAAAAUAAAAAAGGAAGCGAGAGAAAGAGAGAUAAUUUUGAGAUUUUCACGUUUAAAUCGCGCAAUCGAAGUCCUGCGCGCAUGCACGCGUGCCUGAGGAUCCGAGUCGGUAUUUCGCGGCACGCGAGCUUGCGCACACGAUCGCACACGUCACGUGUAAAUGUAUAAAAAUGCUUGAUGGAAUUUCGAACUGUACAGGUUUAACGGGAAGAAGAGAGAAACAAAAGAUACGAGAAAGAAAAAAGAAAACGGUACAGGUACACGUCACGGUGAAAAACGUUCGUUCGAUCCGUGGAAAUGAAUCCGCGUACAUUUACAUACGGUAAGAGGCCAUGUCGGAAAGAGAAAAAAGAAAAACUAGGAAAAGUGUGUGUGAGAGAGAGAGAGAGAGAGAGAGAGAGAGAAUCUAUACAUACAAAUACAUGAUUUCUAUUAUAAAAAUAUAGGUUAACGAAAUACUGCGGGAAAUAAUUACAAUCAAUGUACUGGAUGGUCCAGGGCGAUGUUAAAAUUAGAAAAGUUUAUGUCGUUUGAACCUUAGGAGGUUGCGCCUUCUUGCCGCAGGGCCAUCCUAUACGUAUUAAUUGGUUAUCUGUCAAUUAUUAAUUAAAUUAUAUCGAUUUCUUCGCCUUUAGUCAAGGAAAGGAAUGAGAGCCGACGCGGAGUUUCCUUCUUCGAGCGUCGCCGUACGAUUUCGCCACGCGAGUGCUACGCAAUCGAGAUAUCGCGCGCGAAUCUCUUCUCCCGCGAAUUUUCUGUUCGCUCGUUCCGGUCUAAGGAAGUUGGCGGGCAAGAGAGGGCAUGGUCGAUGUGACUUCGAAUAGUUUAUUUUUCUAUAGUGCAAUCAUUUCGUUUCGUGCAAUUUCCAACGUCGUUGUUUUUAUUGAAAGGUUUAUUCUCGCGACGCGCGCGAACUCGCGCCUCUCGACGACACUUUGAAACGUGCCGGCUGGAUAUCGACGGGGAAACUUGGCGCUCGGCUCGUGUGCGUACGUCACAGACGUAUUAUUAUGUGUGUUAGAAAGCGCGAUGUCGUUUAGGCAAUUCACGAGUUCUUUGACGAACGGUUAUGCAUUCUUUAACUACGCGCGAGAACGAAAGAAAGUCAAAGAGGAUAAGGAGAGAAAAGGAAUGAAAAGAGGGAGAGAAAGAGAGAAAAUAUUGCCUAAUAGGAUGAACGAGGAAAGUUUUUCAAAUUUGUUGAUACAUUUCAUACUUUACGAUUAGGAAUUAUGGCCUAUUACUAACUAUUUCGCAAACUUUAUCCGACGACCCGACCGUUUUCACUAUUCCACGCGACGGGGUUGAAUGAGCCGCGGUGAUUUAAUCGAGAGUUCCCCAUUUCGAGGAGCAAAUGAAAGGAAAAGCAAGGACAAAAGGGUGAACGUUUUGAUUCAAUGAGAUGCGCCGUAUUCAUCGUAUAAAUAACGUUUUAACGCUUUCGAAUGUAAAGGUGAAAACUUAUGAAAACGUACGGGGAAAAAAAUUACAACAAAAAGCUAUCGCUCCCCAAACGGGGCGGAGCGUGAAUCACUCGCGCAAAGAGACCCCGGUAUACUGGAGGAGGAGAAACGCGUACUUAAAAAACGAUCGGGUCGUCCAUCCAUGCAUUUGUGAAAUGGAAAAUGACUUUUUAGAAAAUGAACACUUUUUCGCGUGCUAUCUACGAAAGCUACGUUAAACACGUCGUAUCGAUUACCGAGUAUAAAGAAAAAGAAAAGAAAAGAAAAGAAAAGAAAAGAAAAAAAAAGGCUAUUUCGAAUUCGACUGAGCGACAUAUAGGAAAUACGAUAUAUACCCCCAUAUUUUUCUCGAUGUUAAAGCUUUUUUCUCAGAACGCGUUACGCGGCGUGUAAUACUGCCUGCGAAAAAAAAAAAAAAAGGAAUUCAAGCGAAUCGUUGCGAAUCUUUAAAAAUUAUCGGCGUAUCGUUUGUAUAGUAUAACGGGGAGGAUCCGAUCGACUGCGUUGUCGCACGAGUAUCGUAAGGGCGGUAGAAAGAAAGAGAGAAAGGGAAGAAAAGGAAAAGGAAAGGAUGGAUGGUCGUUUUGAAGAGACGCGAGCACUUCUGAUUCAGACCGGCCAUUCGUUCGAUCAAAAACUCAACAGUCUGAAACAUUUUUGACGAAACGACGUUUCUCCUCUUUUUUUUUUUUUUAUUGGUUUACUGGUACGAUAAUUCUCGUGUUGUUGUUUGUGAACGAGAACGAAGGGAGAGUUAUCACUCCGAAAAGAGCCCGUUACGUUUUUACAGAAAGAAAUUUUUCAAUGUACGCUGUGUGUAGUAAUCUCGACCAAUAACUUUUGAUACGAACGCGCGAGGAAUUUAUUCGACUUUUGGUACGACUCGGAUGACAGCGCUUGGGAACAAUUUCACGAAAACGCACUUUUGUCACGACAUUUUGUCCCCCCGAUAUAAAACCGUAACGGCAACUGACGAAGCAAGCUCUUUUGAGUCGGCGUUUCGAUCCACACGUAUCGAAUUGACAGACCCUUGGACAUUUGAACCACUUUUACAAAUAUACGAUAGACUGUUUCACCCUUACAUCUAAACAAACGAACAAAAAUAAGAGAAGACUGUCAACGGCUCGUUCAAAUUGUAUCAAACGAUCGCGGUGCAUGGUAAAUUCGCGUACGGAAGAGGUCGGCGCACGAGUCGCGUGACUCGCUCUCGAACAAUCUCUCGUAUCAAAUGAGAAAGGGGGCGAGGGAGGGAAAAAAAAAAAAAAAGAAAGACACGACAGACUAGCUCGCGGUAAUAAUUAGGAGCGUGCGCGAUAUCAGCUAGAAAGAUCAUGCUGCGACAAACACGUUAUUACCACUGUUUUUCUGUCGUCCGUUACUUCUUUGUUUUUCUUCUCUCGUUUCUGCCUCGCGCAUCUGCUCCCACCGUCUACGAGGGCCCCCCUCGUCCGUUCGAUUCGAACUUUACGUUACGUGUACAAUUAAACGCGCACAAUGGAAUUUCAAUUACGUUACGGAGAUGCAACGGUGUUCUUGUAACGUUAACCAACUGGCUAACGAAGCUCGGCGAAAGUUUCCAACAUCUCGUAGGAAAGCGUACAUUCCGAGGCGAAGGCUCGCGCUUAAUGCCCGUGCUAAUUGCGCGGAACGAUCGGCGAAACAACGACGGAAAAAGCAACGACAAGGGGAAACGGUAACGACGUGUGCAAUGUUACACAAUGUGUAACGCGAGGGAUCGCGUGGCGCGAAUGCCACAUCGGGACGAAAAGUAAAUUAACCGAACGAAGGGUAACUCGAUCUGAAAGAAAUACACACUACACAACUCGAAGGAAACUCUCGUAACGCGAUUAAACGCAAGAACUUUUGUUGCGAGUCCGUUACAUCCCUGACGUUAUCGCGCAUCGAAUUGGCAAACUUCGCCAGCCGAACCCGUGCCACGAAUGAAGUUCGCCGAAAAUACUAUUCCAUGCUGACUAUCCAUCCUCCUCCUCCCUCCCCUCCACCCAUCGUGUUUGAUAACGAGUUAUUAUCGAUCCGUUUACGCGCGUUCAGUAACCCGACAUAGUCGUUCAACCGCAACCUUUUCUUUUUUUUUUUUUUUUUUUUCUAACUCGAUCGAUUUCUUUCAACAAACCAGCCGAUUGUUUCGAUCGAAACUGAACUGGUACUUAACUAAAAAAAGAA